AAGGCGCUCCCACUGUUGGCUGGUAGUGGCUUCAAGUUGAGCAUUUGAGAGUCCCGCAGCCGAACCAAUGGUGCACGACUGGACGGCAGAUGUUUCACCACCGGGACACUCUGUCUCUGCACACUUUAUCUGAACUCUUCCGACUUUUUUUCUCAGCGUAGGCGUGCGUUAACUUGCAAUCCUGCCUUUUUAAAAAGUUAUCUGGGGAAGGAAAGGACGAAGAAGGAGAAAAAAAAAUUGGGCUACCUCUUCAAACCGUCCCGGUUUCUACCGGGGAGUUGUCGUCAUCAGCACCCCAGAUAUCCCCCCCUUAGCUCCCUAAAUGGAUGGGGCAGUCUUGGUCUAUGCAGUUCAGCACAGGCCAAAAGAUUGGAAACAACUUGUGAAUAUCCGUCAGUUUGGCGUCUAGGGGGAAACGCUCAGAAAUGCCCGGCUGCUUCGCUGGAGCUCAAAUCUGAGGACUUUUCUCCUGCAUUUGUACUUUUUUUUUCAGGAGGAAGGACUGUUCAAAGUUUACAACAGAAAGAAAAAGUCAGCGCUGAAGUGGCAGCUCUCAAACUAUAGCCCUCGCUAUGGAUUGUAUGUAUUUAUUCAUGUGCUUUUCACUCAGUCAAGUAUUUUUGGAUCAUAUUUUCGCUGCAGAGACACAUGAAAAACUCUCUGGAAAGUUAAGUGAAUAUGGUCUUAUCGUGCCAUUCAGCACAGACUCCCAUGGCCGGUACAUUUCUCACGUGGUCUCUGCUGGAAGUGGAAGUACAGGUGGUGCUGUUGCUGCUAAUGCCUCCCCAACCUUUGGCAGCAGAAGAAGGGUGGCCCGCAGUGCCCCUGAGAUGCCCUCGGUCACCUCCACCUCGGCUCAGCACUUAUUUUUCAAUGUCACUGUGUUUGGGAAAGAACUGCACCUCCGUCUGAGGGCCAACAGGAGGCUUGUGGCCCCGGGGGCUUUUGUGGAAUGGCAGGAGGACUUUGUGGAAAAGGCCAAGGAACAUAUCCACAGGGACUGCGUUUUCACUGGAGAUGUGAGUGACAUGCCAGAGGCCUCUGUGGCUAUCAGCAACUGUGACGGACUGGCAGGUCUGAUCCGGACUGAUAAUGGAGAGUUUUUCAUUGAGCCCCUCGAGAAGGGCCAACAGGACGUGGAAGUGAAGGGGCGUGUUCAUGUGGUCUACCGCAGGUCAGCCAUCAAACGGGAGACAGCCCAGCGGAGGGAGGACCUCCACAAUGAAGUGGCAGACUUCGGAAUCGCAAACCUCCCAGCGGCUCUGGAUCUUGUCGAACAUAAACUGUCCGAGUCGGAGCGCAAGAGGAGGCACACGAAGAAAGACGACUACAACAUUGAGGUGCUGCUAGCUGUGGACGACUCAGUGGUGCGCUUCCAUGGCAAGGAGCAUGUGCAAAAUUAUGUUCUCACGCUCAUGAACAUAGUUGAUGAAAUAUACCACGAUGAAUCUUUGGGAACCAACAUCAACAUUGUCCUUGUCCGCAUGAUAACGGUCGGGUACCGACAGUCUAUAAGCCUGAUCGAGCGUGGUAACCCAUCCCGCAGCCUGGAGCAGGUAUGCCGAUGGGCCAACACGCAGCAGCGCCGCGACCCUGACCACGCUGAGUACCACGACCACGCCAUCUUCCUCACAAGGCAAGAUUUUGGUCCCGCAGGUAUGCAAGGUUACGCUCCAGUUACAGGGAUGUGCCACCCACUGAGGAGCUGCACUCUGAACCACGAGGACGGCUUCUCCUCCGCCUUUGUGGUUGCUCAUGAAACCGGCCAUGUGCUAGGCAUGGAGCAUGACGGCCAGGGAAAUCGUUGCGCUGAUGAGACCAGCAUGGGCAGCAUCAUGGCUCCACUUGUCCAAGCAGCUUUCCACCGCUAUCACUGGUCACGUUGCAGCAAGCAAGAGCUCAGUCGAUACAUCCACUCCUAUGACUGCCUGCUGGAUGAUCCCUUUGAACACAAGUGGCCCAAGCUUCCUGAGCUCCCUGGAAUAAAUUAUUCAAUGGAUGAGCAGUGCCGCUUUGAUUUUGGUGUUGGUUACAAAAUGUGCACCGCUUUUCGAACCUACGACCCUUGCAAGCAAUUGUGGUGCAGUCACCCCGACAACCAGUACUUUUGUAAAACCAAAAAAGGUCCUCCGGUGGAUGGAACUGAGUGUGCCCCAGGAAAGUGGUGCUUCAAGGGCCAUUGCAUCUGGAGAUCCAGCCAGCAGCCUCAGGGCCACGAUGGGAGUUGGGGCUCCUGGUCAAAGUUUGGCUCUUGCUCCAGAACGUGUGGAGGUGGAGUUCGCUCCCGCAACAGACAGUGCAACAACCCUCCGCCUGCCUACGGUGGUCGAGAUUGCCCUGGCUCUGCUUUUGACUACCAGAUGUGCAACACAGAGGAGUGUGCUGGCUCUUACGAGGACUUCCGUGCUCAGCAGUGCAUCCAGAGGAGCAACAAAUACCACAAAAACAUCAAGCACACCUGGCUACCGUAUGAGCACCCAGAUGAGGCCCGUAAGUGUGAGCUGAGCUGUAAGUCAAAGGAAACAGGAGAGGUGGUGUUCAUGAACCAGGUGAUGCAUGAUGGGACCCGCUGCAGCUACUCAGACCCCUUCAGCGUGUGCGCUCGCGGAGAGUGUCUGCAUGUAGGCUGCGACAAGGAGGUUGGCUCUUACAAACAAGAGGACAAAUGUGGAGUGUGUGAGGGGGACAACUCCCACUGUCGCACCGUGAAGCUGACGCUCACCAAGACGCCCAAAAAGAACGGAAUGCUGAAAAUGUUCGACAUUCCAAUAGGAGCCCGCCACAUUGUUAUCGAAGAGAACGAGACCUCUCCUCAUAUAAUUGCUGUGAAGAAUCAAGUUACUGGAAACUUCAUACUGAAUGCAAAAAGUGAAGACUCUGAAUCAAAGACCUUCAUCGAAAAUGGUUUACAGUGGGAGUAUUCCAUCGAUGGUGAGAAGGAGACCCUGAAAACAGCUGGUCCUCUGCAUGAAGGCAUUGUAGUGCUGAUCAUUCCCCAGGAAGAAGACGCAAAGAUCAGCUUGACAUAUAAGUAUAUCAUACAUGAGGACCUAUUACCGCUUAUUACCAACAACAAUGUUCUUCUGGCUGAACUUGACACCUAUGAGUGGGCACUGAAGAGCUGGUCUCAGUGCUCCAAACCUUGCGGGGGAGGCAUACAGUACACAAAAUAUGGAUGCAGGAGGAAGAGUGACAGCCGUUUGGUUCAUCGUAACUUUUGUGAAACCAGCAAAAAGCCCAAACCCAUCCGCAAACGCUGCAAUGUCCAAGAAUGCAGCCAGCCCACAGCCUGCUGUGCUGACAGGUGGGUGGUGGAAGAGUGGAGUCCCUGCAGUAAGACCUGCGGGAAGCUCGGUUACCACACCAGGGUGGUGCAGUGCAUGCAGGAGCUCCACAAUGGCACCAACAGGCCCGUCCACAGCAAACACUGCACCGAGGAUCGUCCGGAGACCAGGAGAGCCUGUAACCAUACCACAUGCCCUGCCCAGUGGAGGACAGGGGCGUGGUCUCAGUGUUCGGUGACUUGUGGUGAAGGGAUUCAGCAAAGGCAGGUGGUUUGCAAGGCCAGCGACAACACCAUCGGAGAAUGUGAGGGCGAGAAGCCGGAAACAGUCCUCAUUUGCAAACUCAGUUCUUGUCCAGGACAGCCAGUGUCGUCUCUUGCCAUUGAAACAAUGGAAAACGCUACAAUAAAAGACGAAGCUGUACACCAAAGGGCUCCUGAAAACCCUGUCCACAAAAUCUCUUCAAAUGAACCGUGUCUGGGGGAUAAAUCGAUUUUCUGUCAAAUGGAGGUUCUUGCCCGUUAUUGUUCCAUCCCUGGAUAUAAUAAGCUUUGUUGUGAGUCUUGCAACAAGAAAGAAAGCCUUGCCACAUAUGCUCCUGACUUCCAAAACACCCCAGUGGCCUCAUUUGAACCUGAGACCUCCGCUUCUUCUCACCCUGCAUCACCCAAGACUCCUCUACCCACUACGACCCAGAACCCGCCUCAAACCACUAAAGCCAUCAGCAGACGGCUUCGCUCCACUGCCCUGGUGCCGACCACCACGGCCACUGCCGAAGCCUCGCCAUCCACGGGUGCUGCUCUGCCCCAGGGUCCCACCAGCGACUCCUUCCUCACAGCUGGGAAGGGAGACUCACACCCGGGGCCUCUUCUACCUCCAGGGCCGGCACGGCCCACAGCAGACUCCAGUGGAGGUGCCUCUAAAGAGCACAGUCCAAACAGCACUUUAGGCCCAGUCGCUGCCAGGUCAAGAAGGGACAAUUUAGGAUCCGAGAGGGACUCGAGUCACAGAACCCUGUCAGCUCAGAAAUGAACAGUGAGCGAUGUUGUGAACGUGCUGCUCAGUGAGACGGUCUCAUACAUCAGCUCAUCCAAUGCAGCAUCUGAUAGACUCGCAGACUUGCUGCAGAUAUUUUCUUUCUUUUUUACAAAGAUUUUUUUUUUUCAUGCCAGUGAACUUAGACCAGACCAGUGAUGGUUACCUCAUCAAAACUCCAGAGUGAUCUGUGUGCAGUGUGGCUCUGCCCUCUGUGCUUCAAAUAUGAAACGGAAGAAAAAAAAGUUGUCAGGUGCUGUAAACUGAAACGACUACAAGACGUGUUCAAAAUGUGAUGACUGCAUUGCUACAUUCAUGUUUUUAUCUGUGUACAGUUGUGUAAGCCUGUUUUUUCAAGUGCAUUAGAACUACUAUUGAACUUGUAUUGUGAACAUGUGAGGAGAGGUCAAAGGCCAUGGUUUUGGAGGUGCAUGUGUCAGCUAUGGAGACUAGAGUGUGCCACCAUAAUAAUUAUAGACCCUGCCAGUGUUCACUUAUAAUCAAUUAAUAUGUUGCUAAAUUAAAAAAAUAUCUAUUAAAUUUGAAUGAUGCACUGAAUAAUGCAAAGUAAAUUUGCGGAUUCAUAAUUUUAAUUUCUUAUUCUGUUUUAAGAAUUAAUAGAAUUUUAAAAUAGAAUAGCAAAUAAUCUUAUUCGCUUCCUUGCGAAGAUCGAUGCCACUCUCAUAUCUCUGUGCAAAUAUGAAGCUAGAGCCAGGAGGCUGUUAGCUUAGCAUACAGACUGGAAACAGGCAGAAACAGUUAGCAUGGCUCUGUUCAAAGUAAAAAAAAUGCACUUACCAGCGCCUCUAAAGCUCACUAAUUAUAGCAUGUUGUAUCUUGUUUGUUUAAUCUAUAUACAAACAUAUUUAAAAACAGUUUUUGGUUUUAGGGAGUUAUGUGCUGUAACUAUUUCUUGAGGAACAGUUGGGUGCAGUGACUUCCUGGAGUCUUGUCGUCACCAAGAAAUAGCUAUUGCUCCUAAAACCAAAAUGUUUAGGGUUUUUUUUGUUAACAACUUUUAGGUGUCGAUAGACGUAUUCCUUCACUUUGGACAGAGACAGGUCAGCUAUUUCCCCUUGUUUCCAGUCUUUAUGCUUAGCUAAGCUAAUUGCUUCCUAACUCCAGCUUCAUGUUUACAAUACAGACAUGAGAGUGGUAUUAAUCUUAUCAUCUAAUUCUCAGCAAAAAAAAAAGCAAAUAAGCAUAUUUCCCAAAAUGUAAAAAUUGUCUUUUUAUUGAUAAUUUUUACUUUUUAUCUUUUUACUUAGAUUUGUUUAUUUAUCAUUCAAAUGUAAAUGUAAUCAAUCUAUUCAUUAUAGUGUAAGGUAAGAUAGGUAAAAUGUAUCUUACUGAUUAUAAUAAAACAUCUGUUAAGUCUAUAAUAAUUUCAGUGGCACACUCUAUAGUCAUCACUUCUGGCAGGGAGCUUCCUGGCCUCUCUGUCCCCGGUGCUCUUUUUUUGUUGUCCGUUCCCAAAUCCAUCGUACUGGUGAUUAUCCUCACUGGUAAAAAAUCAUGACUGUUUGUAAGCCAAUCCCACUGUAGCAUGCCCUCUGUCUGCCUUUGUGGAAGUCAGUCAAAAAAAUUUAGGAAAAAACUCAUGUUAUUUUUUGAAACUGAUGUUUUUCAGAUAAUAAUGUAUAUAGUGUAAAUUUUAAGUGAUGAAAAGAAAUUGACAACCAGGAUUAGAACGGAAAGUAUGUUGCAAUUUGAAAAUAUAGGCGAUGAUGUAAGUCUACAGACUGUGGUUGGUCAUACUGUUACACCAUUCCUGCAAUGCAGUUCAUAACAUCAUUAUGUUUAUUGUAUAGUUCUUGUAUAUACGUAUGUGAAUGAAAGCUUUAAAUGUUAAUAUUUAUUGAAUUUUUAAGUGAUAUGGUGAACAAAGUAAAACACAUUUGAAAGAACAGAAA